ACCAAGACGAUCUGGGUCACAUGUAGCGCUGCCCCGCGCCAGUCAACCACAUUUUUUUAGCAAUAAUGUGAGGGGUCAAAUCUGUCAUUUCGACACAGGGGUACAGCUCAUCCAUAGCCCACCGGGUCAUGUAGGACGCUCAUAACGAGUUCGUACCCACCAAAGCAGCCGCCCGCGAGUAGCAGCUCAUCUACGGCCAGCCUCCGCCGCCGGUCUUUCUCGUCUCCAGGUCUCCCGUUCAUCGGAGCCGCCGUAGAAUGGAUGAGCACAGCUCGCAGUCCGCCAGCUGUGGCGACCAUGGUGAUGGCGGCGGCAACGACGGUCUGGGCGCAGCAGCCGCUGGGUCUGAUUCCGACUUCGACGGGUCGUCCUCAAGCGCUGUUCCUGCAGAUCCACCCAACCCAACAUCACGCAUCUCCGUGAAGCAUGCAGUGUGUGUGAUCCGGAAGUUUGACGACUACAAGAAGUGGUUGGUGGAGCAGAUUGGAUUUGGCGGUAUGCUGAAGCUGCCAGCCCUGCAGAAGUUGAGUCUGAAGUCGAGCGCUUGGAUUAUGAGUAGAGUUAGCGUCAGCCGCCGGGAGAUCAAGCUGAGGGACAACAAGGUUCUGAUUUUUUUUGCUGAGGAUGUACACAAGGUUUUUGGGAUUCCAUGUGGACAUCGUAGUGUCAAGGGCAGGGAUGCAAGCAUAAAUCCUGAGGCUGUGCAAUUCAUAAAGACAACUCUCCAGAUGAACAGAACCGGUGUUCAUAGUUUGAAGGCAGCUGAAGAUUUUUUGAUGCGCGACAUCAAUGAGAAUUCAAGCAAGUUAGAGAAAGAUUGUUUCCAGAUUGCCUUCGUGAUAUUUGUAAUGGGUCAUGUGCUAGUUCCAUCAACGAAGCACAACUACACGACCAUCGACUUCUGGGGAGCGGUGGCUAGCACUGAGUCCAUAGACCAGUUCAAUUGGUGCGAGUAUGUGCUUCAGCACCUCCUUGACGCAGUCACUAAGCUGAAGAAAGAUAUGUUGGCCAACAAUUUGUCGACCAAUUUAACGGGUUGCCACCUUUUCUUCCAGGUCUUUCUCAUCGACAACCUUGAUCUAGGUGUCUGUAACAAGUCGCACAACGUGCUCCCCAGAAUUGCUGACUUCGACCCCGAGUCGUUCCGUCGAAUGCUCACCAUGGCUGUUGACCCGAUCAAGGGCACUACUUCGUACUCGCAUGCCAAUCUGAGAGAUGCAUCGUCAGUUUGUUAUACGAGACAGAAGUUUCCGCAUUCAGCUCCGUCUUUCGCAACCACCAGUAGGCUUUCAAGGCGGCGUGGAACCCCGGCGGCAGGACACACGAGGAGCACUCCACCCCUAUUGUGUGGUAAUGCAGGCCGCCAAGCUAACCUGAGCGGUCGAACACCAACCGACGGCGCUCCCGGGGCACUUGACUUUGCAAGAUAUCUGCGGGAGAAGUAUCCACACCUAGUACAAGACGAGUUGACUAUGAUUUUAAAACAGCACAACGCGAUGGCCCUCAUGCAUCUAAAUCAAGCAAGCAACUCAAUCCAGCAGGCUUUGUUGCAAGCCAAAAAUGGGCUACAAAUGGACAUGUACAAGUUUUCAGACAAAGUGGUUAACUCAGUCACAAGGCGUUGUGUGUGUUGCCGCGCACGGGGCUUUACUGAGUGUCCGGAGCCAGCGGCUCCAACGAAUUCCAAGUCGGUUCGGUUCAGGACACCUGUGGCAGAAAGAAUUCAGGGACAAAGGCUUGACCUAUCUGGUUGUGAAGCGACAUCGCCUGUUGCACCAGCUGGGCUAUUGCGGAAACGCAUCUUCAACGCAGAGGAUUCUAACUCUACCAGCAAGAAAUCGACACCAGGGUCAUCUCACAAUCUGUUCAAUUACUUCAAGUCAUGCUUAAUGUCAAUCGCUGAAAUGUAUGCAGACCUCCCAGCCAACACGCCUUUAACUGUGUUCGGACAACGUUGCACUAAUCUAGAGAGGCGGAAAUACAUAUUCUAGCAUGGCUUUGCAACUGACCCAUGGGUGAAUGGAGUUGCGCCUCGUCCACCACAUGCGCCAACCACUGAUCUCAUUGUCACCCACUUCUCACAGCUGCCACCGUCGGACUUGCAGAGGCACUACAUCAUACAUGAUAAUCCUAGGUUCGUCCGCGUUUCGGGGAUGGCUAUGCGUGAACAGCUAAUCGGCAUGGAGCAUCUCCACCACGAGCUCAUGUCGCUAAUCAUGAGAAGAUAUUCUCAAUCUGACCAAGAAGCCAACUCAGAAAGCCCAUACAUGAAUUGGAGGCACAACAUGGAACCU